GAUAGGAGAGAUUUUUUUUUUAAUGAGGAUGAAAAUUAUAACUCGAAUGUUGUUCCUGUGUUAUCGAAGUAGGUGAUCACGACGCUCAAGACUCCUUAGUGAUCGCCUCUUCAUUGGAGCUUCUUGACGGGAAGGACCUCGCCAUGGGCCGCAGAGUAACCGGGCAGCAGGACCGCCGCCGCCGUAAAAACCGUUUCGUGGGCAUGGAGGGCUUGCGGGAGUUCCUUCAGCGACAGUGCACAAUAACGCACCGUCGCACGGACGUAGUCCGGUGCAGAGACCUGUACCACGCCUACUGCAUGUUCUGUGCCACAACGCUCCACCCCGUCGCCUCUGUGGUGAACGUGGGUCGUUACUUGGGCGGCCUGCAGGUACGGGCCUCCAGGCGGCUGGGUGGCUGCAACGGCAGGCGGCAGGAGUACGCUUACGUGGGACUCUGCCUGAACGAAUCGCUGCCGAGGGCCCCUAAGAAGGGCCCGCCUUCUCCUCCAACCCUGACACCAGUAAGCCCCGCCCCUCCUUCCUCAACCUCCAGUAGCUACGACUGUCUGUCGGAGAGCAUGGACUUCCUCUACCCCGGGGUCUCGCGACCUCCCCGCGAGGACGACCUCGAUCUGUUGGACGCUUUCUUGCGUGAAAACGUGGAGCGCACGGGAUCAGCUGAGGACGCGGUGCCUGUCGGGGAGCUGCACGCGGCAUACCGCCGGCUGUGCAGGGCACGGGGCGUCACGCCGCAGCCUGCCGCCCACCUGAGCAGCCACCUGACCCAGCGGGAGGGCGUGGCCAUCUCGCGUCUCAACUUCGAGACAGUGAAGCGGGCCUACCAGGGCCUAAGGUGGACCACAGCCGCCCUCGACGCCCUCACACCCAGCAGGAGGCACCAGCCCACGCCCUGCAGCUCCUGCGAGGCGGGGCGGCUCGCACCAUCGGCCACAGAAUGUAUCAACGAUGGAGUGAAGAACGAGGGGGUGGGGGUAGGAACCAGUGGGGCCUGUUCCCCCUGGACGAAUGAACAUGGCCUGGGAGAUGAGUUCUCCCUCAAAUUGUGGGACGAUGACGACGACUCCGGUGAACACCUCCAAAACCUACAGCCGACGUCGCCUACGCCUCAGCCCACAGCCAUGUCGCCGCCCUCAAUGCCAGACCUGAUGCUGCUCCAAGACACAGAUGAUCUCGCCCAACUAAUCGAGGAAUACAACAGCACGUCCCCCAGCGUCUUCUAGGCGUGGUGAUGGCCCAGGCAUAGUAGGGAGAGGUCACUCUUACUGAUAUUUAUUUAUUGAACUAUCUAUAUUAGUUACCUACUUAUCUGUCUGACUUUUAUCCUCAAGACUGGUAUUGCAUGAUACUGCAUCUCAGUAAGUUAGGUCUAUACACAUACAUGUCUCAUCCUUUUGUUUAUUUGUUCGUUAAGCUAGCUUAUCCAUUGUAAUGAGUUUUUUAUUCGAUUUUGGAAACUGGAGGUUGCACACACUCAGGCUUAUAUCCAAGUAAACAGUGAUAAAGGUGAGAUUUUAAGUUUUUUUUUUUUUUGUCAUCGUCUAAUGACUUAUGUAUUUGUUUCCUUACACUAACCCUCUAUAGCUUGAUCAUCCAUUGUAUAUAAAUAAUAGUGAUAGGAAGUUUAAAACAUUUUUUAUAUUAUAUAUAUAUAUAUGAUUUUUAGGGAAAGGCGCGGUGCCUCAAGAUAUUUUUGGCAGGGGCAGUGAUUUGUACAGGUCUUAAAGGGAUGUAAAUUUAUCAAUAAAAGUAUUACUAGCAGGAGUUAAUCGUUUAUAGCAUCUAGGGCCGUAUUACAAGUCCAAUCCGAGAAGUUUAGGGUCCCUACAGAGUUCGGGAUGAAUUAACUCGAUAUGUAGGGACCCACUUCUCAGAUUGGACUUGUUAUACGUCCCCUAAACCGACCAUUGUAGGAACCCGAAACUUCUCGGGUUUGACUUGUAAUACGGACCCUAGUAGUAAAGGGAUACCAGCCGAUGCCGAAGUAAAAGUAAACUUCCAGUCAGAUAUUACACGUUAUCACACUACCCUUGGUCUUGGCAGGGAGGCACUGUUGUUGUGGCCCGCUGUGUGCCAGAGACUGCCGUCCACUUUGUGGCUUUGGCUCGGCACCCAACACAGGUAAACAACGGGAACACGGAGACGGGGGCAGCACAGCACAGCCUGUGGUGCCAACACUGAGGGAGAUGGGUGGCUGGUGCUCCAACUUUGUGGCCAGCUAUGGGUGAUGAGGCCUCAAGAGGAUGAAAGACUCCUCAAGUGUAAUCUUCUUGGAGUCCUUUCUCCACCUAAUUGUGCAAGACUACCAAACCAUACAGUGAACAAUAUCCUUACAGUUUGCAGGUAAUGACCACAAAGAAAGUUUUGUUACACUGUAUCACUGUCAAGGGUCACUUGAAAGCCAGUGUUCAGACUAUUGCAGAUCUCUGUAUGCUGUAACCUAGAUUAUAUAUAAUAAUACUUUACAUCCUAUAUCAUAAUGACAUCCUUAAUUGCAAACUAAAAAAAUUGAUCAAAGAACUGCUGAGGAGUACCUUCAUGACUUUUCACCUGUUUAAUUACUAGUGCUUGAAGACCCAUGUGUCUAGCCUACACUAACAACACUAGGGCAAGAUG